UUUUUUUGGGGGUCAAAAAAUCAAUAAUUGCCCUAUUCCCCAAUAUCAACCGAAAAGAUCGAAACCAAAUUUCGCGUCGCCAUUCGAGCCUGUUCACCGUCAUCGUUGAGCCAGACUAGCCUUGAAACACUGCAGCCUUUUAUUCCCAUCAGCCGGUGUGACCCAACAGUGACAUUUCUCUUUAUCCGCGUGUCUCUCCGGUCGGCAACGCACUUUAUUACUGCUCUCCGAACGGCGGCGACCUUCUCUGGUUCUUAUUGAAGUUCAAACCAACAGGCCAUCCGAAUCCCCAAACCUUGCAUACCUCCAGACCCCAAUCCACUAAACCCGACGUCAUUAAUUGCAUGUUUACGGGUGCCUUCAACUCUAUCUCUCUAUUUUGAUUUAGUUAGUGGAGUUGCUUCAGAAGCAUACUAUGGGCUAUGCGCAACUAGUUAUUGGUCCAGCAGGCAGUGGGAAGUCAACUUACUGUUCUAGUCUAAAUCGACACUGUGAAACUGUUGGGCGGACAAUGCACAUUGUCAACCUUGAUCCUGCUGCAGAAAACUUUGACUAUCCUGUGGCCAUGGAUAUUAGAGAACUCAUUUCCUUGGAGGAUGUCAUGGAGGAACUUGGACUAGGUCCCAAUGGUGGGCUUAUAUACUGCAUGGAACACCUUGAAGAAAAUCUGGAUGAUUGGCUGACAGAAGAAUUGGACAAUUACUUGGAUGAUGACUAUCUUGUUUUUGACUGUCCAGGCCAGAUAGAACUUUUUUCACAUGUCCCAGUGCUUCGGAACUUUGUUGAACAUUUGAAACGUAAAGGCUUCAACGUUUGUGCUGUAUAUAUGCUUGAUUCACAGUUUAUGACGGAUGUGACUAAGUUUAUAAGUGGGUGCAUGGCAUCUCUUUCUGCAAUGGUCCAGCUUGAGUUGCCCCAUGUUAAUAUACUCUCCAAAAUGGACCUUGUCUCCGACAAAAAGAAUAUUGAAGACUUUUUGAACCCAGAGCCUCGAGCUUUGCUGUCAGAGUUAAAUCAACGCAUGGGUCCUCAAUUUGCCAAGUUAAACAAAUCCUUGAUUGAAUUGGUGGAUGACUAUAGCAUGGUAAGUUUUGUGCCACUUGAUUUGAGGAAGGAGCGCAGUAUACAGUAUGUGUUGGCUCAAAUCGACAACUGCAUACAAUAUGGCGAAGAUGCAGAUGUGAAAGUCAAGGAUUUUGAUGCAGAUGAUGAUUAAACAAUGCUUUUCAUAGUUCAAGGUAAAUCCAUGCUGUCAUUUUGAUGUAGGCAUGGCACAGAAUAGUAAUGGUGAACCAUGGUGGUAGUUUUUGUAUAAGAUUUACAUACAAAGACAAUCUGCAUUGAGCUUUGUACAUUAUACGAUUGCAAGUAUAUUAUGGAAAUGGGGUUUUGUGCAGUUUAAAUCAAAUUGUAAUUGUGGUAA